GACAUGACUUCCAAAGCGCUGGACGGCGGCUGGGGAUGGGCCAUCGUGGUGGCCUCCUUUCUGGCCCAGCUGCUAGCAUAUGGUUCCCCGCAGUCGGUGGGCGUUCUCUACCCUGAGUGGCUGCACACCUUCCAGGAGGGCAAGGGCAUGACGGCCUGGGUGGGCUCCUUGGUGGCUGGAGUGGGCCUCAUUGCUAGUCCUGUUUGUAGCGCCUGCGUGGAUAAUUUUGGCGCUCGCCCUGUCACCAUCUUCAGCGGUGUCAUGGUGGCCGGCGGCCUGAUGCUAAGUGCCUUCGCUCCUAAUGUCCAGUUCCUCAUCUUCUCCUACGGCAUUGUCGUCGGUCUCGGUUGCGGUCUGGUCUACGCAGCCACCUUGACAAUCACUUGUCAGUAUUUUGACAAGAGACGUGGCCUUGCCCUCGGCAUCGUCACAACAGGCACCAGCGUUGGAACCUUCAUCUUCGCCACGGCUCAGAAUGAGCUCAUCAUGCUAUAUGGCCUGGACGGCUGCCUUUUGAUCAUCGGCGCGUUGGCACUAAACCUCAUGGCCUGUGCUGGCUUCAUGAGGCCCCUCUACAUGCCGGGGUACUACCUCAAACAGAAGGCGGCCCUGGAACGCAACACUGACCAGCAGCUCUUCGAAAAACCUCAGCUGGACAACCUGAAGAUGGCGUCGGGUUCCGCGGCGUCUGCUCAAGAAAAGACACUCAUGGUGAAGGAGCUCCUCAUCACUAUCGACGGCAUGGACGCCAGCAUUCAGGUGGAGAAGAAGAGAAGGAGCUUCCUGGCACGUCUGGGCAUCAUGAAAGUCAUCAAAAAAAAGAAGCAGGCCUAUUCCAAGUACAUGACCUCCAUACAUGAAAUACUGCAGGACCAAGCCAUGGUGGCCUUCUGCAUCGGUGUCUUUCUUUUUAGCCUCGGAGCCUUCCCUCCUGUGCUCUUAAUCGAGGACGUUGCACAGAGCCAAGGACUCAUUGAAGAAGUCAGUGUCAUUCCUUUGGUCUCCAUCGGAGCUAUUGCAGCUUGCGUUGGCAAAUUGGUCCUCGGUAUACUGGUGGACAUCAGGUGGAUCAAAAGCAUCUACCUAUACGCCUUCACCAUGUUUGCAGGUGGUGUUGUGCUGUUGCUCAUCCCUGUCACUAAAAGCUAUGUAGGACUGCAGAUCCUCUCCGCCAUUCUGGGUUUCUUCUCAGGAAACUGGUCCAUCACCUCGUACAUUACCACCAAGAUUGUCGGUUUGGACAGACUGACACAGGCACAUGGAAUUGUCAUGUUCUUUGGUGGAUUUGGGAUCAUGCUCGGACCACCUGUUGUUGGGUGGUUCUUUGACUGGACGCAGUCUUACGACCUGGCAUUCUACUUCAGUGGAAGCUGCGUGUUGUUGGGAGCGCUGGUUCUUUCCCUGCUCACACUGCCCUGCUGCAACAGAAAACCUGCAUCUGAGAAUGACAAACAGUACACCAGCAACUGUGACAAAGUUGCCUCUGUAGCAUGA